AUGGAUUUCGGGCUAACUGGCUCCGAUCUGCGCCGAAUGUGGUUCGAUCUCGAAAAUGGCCGCCCUGGGGACUGUACCUUUUUGCUCGACGACGGUUCAACCAUCGAAAUGCAUCUGUACGUAAUGGAGUUCAUUUCGCCGCAGCUGUUUUCGAUGGCGACCGCAAUGGCGAGCGUAUCGCGCAACUCCAUAUUCGUCCGUCUGCGCUACAUCGGGCGUGGAAAUUUCCUCAAACUGCGGCAGUACAUAUACGCCGGCAUGGUGGCCGUCAUGGGCUGUGAAAUGUUUUCCCUGCUGGUUGACGGCAUGAUGCUGAAGGUGUUUGAUCUGGGCGUGAUGAACCGGGCGCUCCAAUACUUUAGCACCCAGUCCAAAUUCUUCCUGGUGUACAGGAAUGAAUUUAACGAAUCGCUGGUGAUACCGUCGACGUACUUUGGCGAAACGACCCAAGAUUGGGACAUCAGGUACGAGUGUCUAAUGGCAGGCAUGGCCUUCCCGACCGAUCACCCUAACCCGGGACCACCACCGUCUGCUGCGCAGGCCAACGUGCAACCUCAGCCCGAGGACGAUGUGAUCACGAUUGAGUCGGAUUCGGAUGUGCCGAACGAUAGUCCGAUUACCAUUUCCGAUUCCGAUUCGGAGGAUGUUGCGUCUUCGGAUGAGUAUGAUACCCGCACGAUGUCAACGGCCGUUUCGGACGCGGACGAACCAGUAGCGGUCAAUACUGAAGUGCCCGAACUCACCUCUGUUUCGUCUGACUCUGCUACACCCAACACCGGAGAGCAUAAUGCAGCGCCGCCAUCGCCGAUUUUGUUUGAUAACCUUAUGAGACAGUAUCUGGAGAUACGUAUACAGCCACCGUCAUCUGACGACGAUUCUACACUGCACAGCAACGAGAGCGUUAUUACGCAGAAACAUACGGUCUGCGCAAAUUCGGAUGCGGAUAAUCAAUACGAUGAGUUAACGAUCGAUACGGCUACUACAGCCGAGACGGGUACACCAUCACCCGGCUCCUCUGACACAUCGGGUGAGAUGCAACAGGAAAUUGUAGAGAACAAUCCCAACAACCAGGACACAGACGCUGGCACUCCUGACGAUGAUGAUGAUGAAUUCCCGAAACAGCAUGCGAACCAUGAGAUCAUGUACGCCAGACGCAGCCUUCCGCUGCCCUUUAUUCAGUAUGAGGCAUGCUUGUCGGACAUCGCUGAGGACAACUUGUCCAACAAUGGCAACGAUACCGAUGGCGAUCUGUAA